AUGUUUGGGGAGGUUGGGGUGUGUGUGUGUGGGCGUCAGGCUUGCAUGUCCGUGUGUACACAAUCGUGUGAGGAGCUCAUGUUGACUAUCAGAUAAAACGCCCUGGCUGGACUGUAUUCAACCGCUGUUUACCAAGGAGUACUGGAGCCUCGCGCACCGCGUUACUGUAGACCAGCCCAGUAGAACCGGGUGAGUACACCGUUGGUCAGGUCGACUGGUCAUUACUGCUGGCCGGUCCCCUAGAACCAGGUAAGUUCUAGACCAUUCAUGGUGGCUGGUUUAUUAUUGCUGGCCAUUCCAGUAUAGCUCACCCGUUUAAAUUAGGGUAAGUUGACUGAUAAAAUCUCUCAUUGAUCGCGACUUUAAACAAAAUAUAUAAUCGACUCUGUGAAAGUUGAAAUUACUUUUUUCAAUGUAGUCCUCUCAUCUACUGAUACAACAUUACCUAACUUGAAAGUUUCACUCAGGCAGAUAAUCUUAAACCAGGGAGAUGCUGCUCUGUGUUGUUGAAUUCAUUGUUUGUUACCCUCAACAAAGUUUACAUAAAAAAAAAAAAAUUAAACAUUAUGAACGAAUAAAAAACGUAGGUGAUAAUUACACAUAGUUUAAUGCUGAGAUAAGAUAUUCCAAAUAAUACUUGCCUGGCCCCGAGUGCCGUGAGAUAAGAUAGUCCAGAUAAUAUUUGCCUGGCCUCCAGUGCCGCGAGAUAAGAUAUUCCAAAUAAUACUUGUCUGGCCCCCAGUGCCGUGAGAUAAGAUAGUCCGGAUAAUAUUUACCAUGCCCCGAGUGCCGUGAGAUAAGAUAGUCCGGAUAAUAUUUGCCUGGCCCCGAGUACCGUGAGAUAAGACAUUUCAGAUGAUACUUGCCUGGCCCCGAGUGCUUCGAGAUUAAGAUAUUCCAGAUGCGACUUGCCUUGCCCCGAGUGCUUUGAGAUAGAUAUUCCAGAUGAUACUUGCCCUUCCCCCAGUGCUUUGAGAUAAGAUAGUUUAAAUCAGUGGUUCUCAACCUUUCUAAUGCCGCUACCCUUUAAUACAGAUCCUCAUGUUGUGGCGACCCCCAACCACUAAAUUAUUUUCGUUGAUACCUUACAACUGUAGAUUAUGUCUUUUCAAGAACGUCUUAGGCGACCCCCGUGAAAGGGUCGUGCGACCCCCAAAGGGGUCGCGACCCACAGGUUGAGAACCGCUGGUCUAAAUAAUACCUGCCUGGCGCCGAGUGCUUUGAGAUAACAUAUUCCAGAUGAUACUUGCCUUGCCCCGAGUGCUUUGAGAUAAGAUAGUCCACAUAGCACUCUCCUGGCUCAGAGUGCCGUUGAACCUCGCGACCUAACUGCACUUCUUAAGAUUAAGCAUUUUAUUUCGUCGACACCAGUCCAUGCUAUUCUCCAAGAAUCUGCACCCAUUUCUAUUUCUCCCUUGCUGUUUCCCUCAAUUUGUUAUGUUUUUUACUCGUUAAGUCUCAAAACUUCACAAAACCAUUUUUAAAAAAUAUUCCAGAAUUUAUUUAUGUUUUUUUUAAUUUUUUUUUUUUACAAUUUUCAGGUACUUACCGUUCCACGAUGCCUUCCCCGAGAAACUUUCUCCUCCUGUGCGCCGCCCUCGCAGUUUUCGUACCCACCACCAACGCCCAUGACUACUACGCGUCCGGUUACUCCUACUACUACACCACGCCACUGUACUGCUACGGAACAUCCGUCUACACGUGGAGCUCCACGCUCGCGGUUACGACAUCCUACCAGGCGUGUCCACAGACGUCUUGUUAUGAAUACUACUCCAGGAACGUCUGCUGCAUGACCUACUUCCAGGGGGGUGAGCUAAACUCAACAGUUUUGUCAAACCAUGAAUCAAAGCUUACAUGUUAAAUGAAGUAUCGUCUUGUAGAUACUCACAGUAUACUACUUGUCACUGCAUAAACGUGUACGAAGGAAUGUUGUUCUGUCGCUGCGUAUAUGUGUACGAGGUCUGUCACUGCAUUGAUGUGUACGAUGGAUUGUUGCCCUGUCACUGCAUACAUGUGUGCGAGGGAUUGUCGUCCUGUCACUCAUUAAUGUGUACGGGGGAAUGUUGUCCUGUCACUCAUUAAUGUGCACGGGGGAAUGUUGUCCUCUGUCACUGCAUUAAUGUGUACGAGUGAAUGAUGUACUCUGUCACUGCAUACAUGUGUACGAGUGAAUGUUGUCCCCUGUCACUGCCUACCUAUGUACGAGGGAAUGUUGUCCUGUCACUGCGAACGAGGCUUGGUCGGUUCAGUAAGUGACAUUAUUGUUUCGCCUUUGACUAGCAUCAAGAAAAAAAAAAUCCUAACGUUCACAGAGAACACAAGACCCUCGUCCUACUCUCCUUACAUAAGCAUACAAAUGUCUUUCAACCUUUCCGCUUAGAAAGUUACUCGUGACAGGACAGAAAAAUGACUGGCGUCUCCAAAAGUCAAGCGACUGCUCUGCACUCCUAAAACAUAGAUUUGAAUGUAUAAAUACAUAUUCAAAACAUUUUUUGGCGCCUGUGUGAAGGAGCCUUUUGUUUACUAUAAAAAUAGUAAUAAAUGAAAAGAAGUAUGGGGAAAACCCUUUUAAGAAAAAGGGAUGCAACAAAACAACGAGCUUGUAUGCAAAAGCCUUCAAACAACAGUAAAAACAAAUGUAAAAAAAAUAAAAUAACCAUUCUGAUGCGAUGUAGUAUCUGAGAGGACAACAAGGGAAAUUUAAUAGACAAUUCGUAUUUAAGAUAAUUUUUACAGGCCGUAGGGGAUCACAAAGUAAGUGCACAGCAAUUGGAUGUAACAAGGAGGGGCGGAAAAAAGAUUUAACAAGUCAAUGAGAACAUGGCAUUCAUGCCAUGUGGUGUCAAGGUACUUAAUUUUGUUCUCUAGGUUCAUACCGGCUGUCAUGUUGGUGCAGGACACAAUGGCAGUGAUUGCAAUAUCGCCGGAGCCCCUUGCGGUCGCUUCUUUAGAAGUGUCUUGAGAUAGGACGUAAUCAAUCUUGCGCAAUAUUUCGAUUGUGCACAGUACGUUGGUCCGUGAGGUGAAGUCCAGUCUCACCCAGAUACAUCAUAUGGCAGCGGUUACAAGUAAUGGCGUAGAUAACAGUGUGUCUAUUGCAAAGGAAACCGAGUCUUAUAUGAAAACUAAUGCGUUGAGUGUGGAUGACAAAAAAAAAGAAAGUCUUUCAUCGGCUGCGUCCACAUGGCUUGGUUACAAAGUGGGAGGGGUUAGCAUGGAUGUAGUUAUUUAAAAAAAAAAAGAGAUCUCGUAUAUUCUUAGCUCUUCUGAUAACAGAGAAAUUGUUUUGGGUGUGAGGGUCAGGGUCAGGGUCAGCGCGGCGAAUGGCACGCUUUUUAAAGAGAUCAUAAUUGGUGAGGAGAAAAGCACGAUUUUAAUGAAAACUUGUUUAACUCUGAAUUUGUUUCGGUGAUAUGUGAGAAUAGGCUUGGUUCUGUCCCCAUUGUCCCCCGGGCCAACGGCAAGUAACUCUAUGGGUAGGUCAUUACACCGCAAACAGUCGAUCAUCUCAAGUGCCCAUUACUCGUCCUCAGACUGGCAAUGUCUACGAAGACGAAGUAGUUGAGAAAAGGGAAACGGGGUCUUUACAGGAAUUUGCGUUGGGAAGAAAAAGCAGAGUAGAUGGCUGCGGCUGUCAGUGGGUUUAAAGUAGGCAGGGGCUAGUAGGCUGUCUUUGUGAAGUGAAGGGUGACCGUAAUGUCCAAAACGAUAGUCGAGUUUAGAGACCUGUGAUGUGGCUGUGGCGUGGAAAGAGCCCACGAGGUUGAUGAAUAGGUCAAGUUGACUCCCCUCCAUAGUUGGGACUCCGAUACCAUAAGCAAGGUACGUUUUUUGUGUGUGCAAAAUUCAGGCAGGCGUCCAGUGUUGUCUAUCUCCACCACGAGUUCAAAAUGUACCAUGAACGAGCACUUGUAGCUGGGUCCAAAUUUAGUGCUAAUACCAACAUCACUGAUUUGGUCAAAGAAUAGGCCUUUAAGCUCAAACGAAUUGCGGGUGGGAUCAAAUUCAACUAAACGGAGGAGAGUGUUGGUAGGUAAAGAUGGAUGGGUUUCACACUAGAAUUAGAAUUGUGAAUCUAAGACACCGUCAGUGUAAGGUAUCGAAGUAUAUGUAGAAAAUAAAUCAAGCAGAAAUAGAUAAUGUUUCUUCUCAGGAGGGAUGAUGAUCGAUUCAAAAGAUGCAAAAAACAUUGUUGGUAUCUUUGAUAAAAAGUGAGCGGCGAGGCUAGAUGGGUUUAAGAACUCCAUCAAGGAAUUCCGAGAUAUGAUCUGUGGGGCAAGAGCACCCUGAGACAGUGGGACUACCAGGGAUGCAUCACUUGCGCAUUUUGGGAAGAAGAGAGAAGCAGGGCUUGCCGAAGACACAAUCCAUUUUUUUUUUAAAGCAGAGCCUGAUUUAGGUUGUGCCCAUUCUGCCAUAAAUUUUUUGAUAGUCUCUUUUACUAUCACAUUGUUUAGUCAUAGGCUUGUUGGUCCUCGGUUCGAAGAACUGGCUGUCAUCUAGCUGAAUUUGUUCCUCUUUUAUGCCUAGAUUCUAGUCACACACAACGACGUCUCCACAUCUGUCAGAUGGUUCGAGCAUAAUAUCUUUCCGGGUGUGUAGCCUGGAGAAUGCAUUGGCUCUUCUUUAGAAAGCUCGGAGUGACGAAGUGGGGGGGGGGGGGGGGGGGAAGGGGGGAUUUCUGGAUGUACAGAUCUAAAACCUUAGAUUGGUUAUUCGGUACUGUCGAAUUAGACAUACGAUCUCAGUGGAAUGGAAAACAACUCACCUUAUGGAAGAAUGUCAUUUUUCCAAGGGAAGAGAACUGACAUCCUGACCUUUUUAAAUAUUUUAUAGACAAGUGGGUUUGUUUGUUUGACAUUAACUAUCAAAGGGAGUGCAUAAAAGAAAAAAACAAGUUCAUAUUGAUAAAUUUAAAAAAAAAAAAGAUUGCUCUCCCUUAAUUCAAUGAUGCAAAAAGUGCCGUUCAAGACUACAAAAAUUUUAUUAAAAAAAAUUGUUUUUAUGUAUUUAACAAAAGAUUCAGUUCGUCAUUCUAAUGUCCAAGCUUGAAUAAAUGACCCAUCUAAAAUUUGAAUAAUUCAUCCAUAUUAGCUAACAUAAAUAUAUUUUUUUUUCAAAAGAACAACUAAAAAAAGAGACAGUUUACCAAGCGACCAAAGUUAGCUGUUCAUAUUUGGACACCAAUGUCGCCACAACGUCUUUGAAUGUCUGUCAUCAAAACUAAAAACAUUAAUAAUAAUAAAAAUAAUUAAUGUCCUGGUUUAAUUUUUAAAAAAAAAUUAAAAAAUAGCCAUCCUUCUAGUGAUACAAGAAUUGUGUUAAUAGAGAAUCCACGUUGUUUGGAUAAGAUUGGCGUGUUUAAUUAGAAAGGAAGUAAGCAGAAGAAUAUAAUAUACCAGUAAAGCUUACUUGUAUAUAUAAAGUUAUGAUUUUACCCCCCAACUCUAAAUACCAUUUGCACUGUAACAUAAAAUUAAAGAAACUUAACUAACGGUGGAGGUCAGUCAAAUAUUUGAUUAGCAUAUUUGAUCCAGAUUUUCGAAGGGGGUGUGCUCUAACCAAUAUAAAAAUUCUAUUCUAGAUCACUUUUGUUGUAGUCUCAUUUAAACGAUUUAGUUCUGAGUUUUUCUGCAAGCUAUUGCCCUUCAUAGUUUUAACGUCUUCUCCUACCACCAGUCUAUUCUCAUUCUAACAAAUCUCAUACUAUACUUCUGUCCUCACUCUACAAACUCUCAAAUCAAUCCGUCUGUCUUUACAAUAGCGACCCUUUUAACCUUGAAUUCUGUAAUUUCUCAGCAGCUGACGGACUUCUCUAUCAGCAAUGCCGAUGUAACCCGGCGGUCAUGUGCCCGACACAGGCUAUAAAUCCCGCUCCCACACCGACAUCCAUUACUACAGCGACAUCCACCGCAACAACACCCACACCCUCCACAGCAACAACUACGGCAACCACCACUACAACAACAACAACCACCCCUACCACCACCACCACCACUACCACGCCAACCACAACAACCACGCCAACAACCACAACAACUUCUACAACGACAACCACCCCUACCACCACCCCUACCACCACCACCACCAAUACUACGCCAACCACGACAACAACCACACCAACAACCACAACAACGACGACGAGCACAACCCCUACUACUACCACAGUUCCACCAUCACGUAAGUACUUCGUUGUAUAGGCUAAAAAAUUGCUCGUAGCCAUUGAUAACCGAUAGCUACGUACGUGAAAAAAAUGCAACAUCAGGUAGCUGUAGACUAAAAGGAGUCAAUAGAUUUUUUUUUUGUAUUGAUAUCAAUUGAUCGCACUAUAUGACCUACCACAUUGAAAGACUAAAAGCUUGGGAUUUUAUAAUGGGCCACUUGCUAUUACGAUGUCUUACAGUAUGAAACAGGGGCCCCCAAUCAAACACAAGUGCUGAAAGCUAACCCUUUCUCUCAAACCCUGCCCCCCCCCCCCGAGACCUUGCACUUCGUAAUUUGUGUACUGCGUGUCAUGCCAGCCAUGAUAAUUGUUGGGCCCUGUCACCCUUAUUUGAAAAAAACAAAACUUUACGAUUAAAUUUUCUUUAGAACUUUUGGUGACUAGUAAAUCAUAAUAUUGAUAACAAACCAUUUCACUAUUUUCAGCAGAUAGAAUAGUCAAAUCCUUAGAUUAUUCAAAACAUGAAUUUUAGUAGGAGGGCGUCUAAUUUUUCAUUGCAGUCUUUAUUCUGAAAAUGUGAUGAUCUUUCUAGAGGUUUGCGGGACUCUGCGUUCAAAACACUUAGUUGUUUCGUUUUAAUCUGUAUUAGUUCAAUUCCUCGCAUAAGCCUCAAAAUUUAAAAAAAAAAUUUCCCUCCUGACUAAAAAAUACCCCCCCCCCCCCAAUAAAAAUGCCACAGAAUAUUUGUAUUUUUUCUUUCCCAUAGUAAUUUAGUGUUGGCUGUUGAAAUUUAAAAGGAGGGCUUUAUUAACUCUAACUCAGAUUGGAAGUCAUUGCUUCCUUUCCCUCCAGUGUAGAACUCCUAGUACAAACGACUCACAGUGCGAAAUCUUCACAGUAUUAAAUUCUCACAGUAUGAAAUCCUCACAGAAUGAAAUCACCAGAGUAUGAAAUCUUCACAAUAUGAAAUCUUCACAGUAUGAAAUCCUCACAGUAUGAAAUCCUAAAGUAUGAAAUCCUAAAGUAUGAAAUCCUAAAGUAUGAAAUCCUAAAGUAUGAAAUCCCCACAGUAUGAAAUCCCCACAGUAUGAAAUCCCCUCAGUUAGAAAUCCCCACAGUAUGAAAUCCUCACAAUAUGAAAUCCUCACAAUAUGAAAUCCUCACAGUAUGAAAUCCUCAACUAGAUUUGCAAAAAAUGCAGGUAGAGAGAGCGGGCACUUUUUUUUUCUUUUUUUUUGACAAUAUUUUUUUCAUCAAUAAAAAUGUUCCAAAAUUAUUAUAAUUUCAUUCAUAGUAUGUGGUUAAAUAUUUUCUCCAUGUCCUAUCCCUCCCUCACUCCUCCCUCCCUCCCUCCCUCGCUCCUCCCUCCCUCACUCCUCCCUCGCUCCUCCCUCCCUCCCCCCUCCCUCCCUCCUCCCUCCCCCCUCCCCCCCCCCCCCCCCCCCCCUCCCUCCCCCCCCCCCCCUCGCUCCUCCCUCCCUCGCUCCUCCUUCACUCGCUCCUCCAUCCCUUCCUCCGUCACUCCUCCCUUCCUCCCUCUCUCAACCCCACUCCCAAAACACCCCAACAGUGUGCCAGCCGGCCUUCCGCCUACUCAACGGCGCCCUCGUCAACAACGACUGCGCCUUUUCUGGCAUCUCCAACAUCACCAUCAACACCGGGACGAGGGUGGUGUGCAACGCCGUCCUGACCACGGCUACGGUCAACGGUGUCCUGAAGAAAACGUUCCUGACGUCCAGUAUCUGCAAGAACCUCAUCACCAAUGCAGCUGCCGGCACGUAAGUGGUAAUGAUGACAUUUUGAAAAGUCAUUUCAGCGUCUUGUAUGGUCGCGACACACACCGCUGAUCAGUUGUGUUACUGACCCGAAACGUGAGAUCCGUUGUAUAGAAAACUUGAAACGUGAGAUCCGUUGUAUAGAAAACUUGAAACGUGAGAUCUGUUGUAUAGAAAACUUGAAACGUGAGAUCUGUUGUAUAGAAAACUUGAAACGUGAGAUCCGUUGUAUAGAAAACUUGAAACGUGAGAUCCGUUGUAUAGAAAACUUGAAACGUGAGAUCCGUUGUAUAGAAAACUUGAAACGUGAGAUCCGUUGUAUAGAAAACUUGAAACGUGAGAUCCGUUGUAUAGAAAACUUGAAACGUGAGAUCCGUUGUAUAGAAAACUUGAAACGUGAGAUCCGUUGUAUAGAAAACUUGAAACGUGAGAUCCGUUGUAUAGAAAACUUGAAACGUGAGAUCCGUUGUAUAGAAAACUUGAAACGUGAGAUCCGUUGUAUAGAAAACUUGAAACGUGAGAUCCGUUGUAUAGAAAACUUGAAACGUGAGAUCCGUUGUAUAGAAAACUUGAAACGUGAGAUCCGUUGUAUAGAAAACUUGAAACGUGAGAUCCGUUGUAUAGAAAACUUGAAACGUGAGAUCCGUUGUAUAGAAAACUUGAAACGUGAGAUCCGUUGUAUAGAAAACUUGAAACGUGAGAUCCGUUGUAUAGAAAACUUGAAACGUGAGAUCCGUUGUAUAGAAAACUUGAAACGUGAGAUCCGUUGUAUAGAAAACUUGAAACGUGAGAUCCGUUGUAUAGAAAACUUGAAACGUGAGAUCCGUUGUAUAGAAAACUUGAAACGUGAGAUCCGUUGUAUAGAAAACUUGAAACGUGAGAUCCGUUGUGUUAAAGACCGGAACCGGGGGUCCGUUGUGUCAUUGACCAGAAACGUAAAUUCUUAUCACCAGGCAUUUAUCAUUGCACGCUAAAGAGACCCCCCUCCCCCCCCCCCCCCGUAAUAAAAGUAAUUAUUACAUACCUCCACCAACGACAAUCACCUCAUGUAAAGGAAUUUUGUAAUUAUGUAACCAAAAGAGACAUUAUCAUAUGAGUUCUUUGGUUUUGUUUCGUGCAAUAAUUAUUCAGUUUAUUCGACUUUUUUUUUUUACACCAUGCAAAUCGGAUUGAAUUACAGACUAGACUAAAUAGCCAGGCGUUUUCAUGAUGAAUCUGAUGUACGGUUGCAAACUGCGUUUCUUCUUUCAGUAUUUCUAAAUUGUGCAAAAAGGAUAACUUCAGGAUUGUCAGAUUCUUUAGUGUGACAUCUGUGGUUCAAAGAAUUUAAAAAAAAAAAAAAAAAAAAGUCACUGUUAUGUCUGUGACAGUGUCUGUAAUCUCUGUGACAGUGUCUGUAAUGUCUGUGACAGUGUCUGUAAUGUCUGUGAAAGUGUCUGUAAUGCCUGUGAAAGUGUCUGUAAUGCCUGUGGCAGUGCCUGUAAUGCCUGUGACAGUGUCUGUAAUGUCUGUGACAGUGUCCGUAAUAUCUGUGAAAGUGUCUGUAAUGCCUGUGGCAGUGCCUGUAAUGCCUGUGACAGUGUCUGUAAUGUCUGUGACAGUGUCCGUAAUAUCUGUGAAAGUGUCUGUAAUGCAUAUGACAGUGUCUGUAAUGUCUGUGACAGUGUCUGUAAUGUCUGAGACAGUCUGUAAUAUCUGUGACAUUGUAUGUAAUGUCUGUGACAGUGUAUGUAAUGUCUGUGACAGUGUCUUUAAUGUCUCUGACAUUGCCUGUAAUUUCCCUGUCAGUGUCUAUAAUGUUUGUGACAGUGUUUGUCAUAUCAGCUAUAGGGUCGGUAAUGUAUGUGACAGUGUUUUUAAUGUCCGUGUCAGUGUCUGUAAAAAAUAAUAUAUAUAUAUAUAUAUACCUCCAAUGUCAAUGGUUUCAAACAUCUUUAGAUUAUAAAAGUAAAUUCACUACCACAGACAACUUUUAAUCAAAAUUUUUAAAGAAUUAAUUACAAUAUGUUUUCCUCAAAAACGAAAAGUAGCCACUCUCUUGCCCAGAUGCGUUCUAAAUUUUUCGAAUGGUUUACAGCCAACAGGUUUUUUAUUUUAUAUUGCACAGUUAAAUAAUGUUUCUGCCUGUUGCUCUACAGAGUGGACAUCUCCAUUGGGGCUCAGAAUUACCCGGUUCAAGAGCCAAUCUUCACUAUGACCGACGGUGAGUUCAUUAUCUAUUUAUCCUUGCUACGUUAAACCUGAUUUUUUUUUUUUUUUUUUUUUUUUUUUUUUAAAAAAAUUUUUUUUUAUUAGGGGGGGGGGGUUAAGGGGGCGCUCGCCAACAUCAGGGGGCGAAAAAAAAAAAAACGUCUUUAGAUAUGACGUUAAAAUUAAUUAAACGGUUAAAGCGUAACUAGUUAACAAGGACUGGGUGCAUUGAGCACCAGAACACCUUUUUGUAAGACUGCCCCGGAGGGCAUUUUUUUCUGUAUCUUUACAGGAACUGUUGUAUAAACAUUUAGGGGCACCUUCUUCUCCAUGUUCACGGCCCUGCCUUCAGGCUUUCGCCGUCUGUGCUGCUUUUCCUCGGCACGGCCCUCCUCCUUUGGGGAGGUUGACUGUUGUCACUGGGGAGGAUAACUGGUGUCACUGAGGUAGUUGACUGUUGUCACUGGGGAGGAUAACUGUUGUUACUGAGGUAGUUGACUGUUGUCACUGGGGAGGAUAACUGUUGUUACUGAGGUAGUUGACUGUUGUCACUUGGGAGGUUAACUUUCGUUAAUGGCGAGGUUAACUGUUGUCGCCGGUGAGUAGAGACCGACCGAGAGUGAUUUUUUCAAAUUUUGGCCGAAACCAGGCCGAAAGGUAAAAUGACUUUUGGCUGAAACCGAAAAAACCUUAACAAGACUUUUGAUUGAAACCGGAGCCAAAACCAAAAUCUUCACGACACUUUCGGCCGAAACCGAUUUCUGUUUUAGAUAUCGUUAAAUACUUGUAUGCAUACAUUCUGCAUACAUAAAAAAAAAAAGGAUGGAAGUAUCAAUAUUUAUAUUUAUUUUAUAAAAAAUGAGAUGAUCGUGAAUAUUAUAAAUAAACAUCUAAUGAACACUUGGGCUCAGAGGCGUAGCGAGGAGGGGGCAGGGGGGACAGAUGUCCCCGGGCGCCAGCGAGUUAGGGGUGCCAAAAUGUGCUUUGAUAUUAUUUCAUUGAUGAAAAUAAUGGGUUUGAGAGUUGAGAAAAAGAAAAAGGGGGCGCUUUAAAAUGGAUCUUGUCCACGGGCGCGAAUCUUGUCCCCGGGCGCCAAACACCCUCGCUACGCCUCUGCUUGGGCUUUUACCAUUUUAAUUUAAAAGUAAUUUAAAUAUCUUAAAAAUGUAUUUAAAUGUAGUAUGUUAAGAGAAAAUGUGGACGGUGUUGGGGGGGGGGUGAAUUCAUUCAAAAUAGACCCUUGAGUGCAACUUUGCUUUUAUAAUAAAAAUGCAACGCUACCUGAAUAUAUAUACAAUAAUUAUUGUAGUUCUAAGAGAACUUUUACCAUUUUAAUUUAAAAGUAAUUUAAAUAUCUUAAAAAUGUAUUUAAAUGUAGUAUGUUAAGAGAAAAUGUGGACGGUGUUGGGGGGGGGGGGUGAAUUCAUUCAAAAUAGACCCUUGAGUGCAACUUUGCUUUUAUAAUAAAAAUGCAACGCUACCUGAAUAUAUAUACAAUAAUUAUUGUAGUUCUAAGAGAGACAAUUUUCAUCUAAAUAUCAGUUAUUUAGUCUAUAAAAAUGGCACGACAUUGUGUUGCGGUAAUCGUCAUAUAAUUCUUUGUGUUUUCAUAAAUAGCUGGCAAGAUAUCGCUGUGUUAAUAUAUAUAACCUAGAAUCAACACAGUCUUUCUGUGUUGGUGACGUAAUUACUUCGUUCUGGCGACUAACCUCCCUCAACCCAUAAUAGAAAAAAAACUAGGGUUUUAAAUUUAAUUUUUGAAAAAUAUAUCAAUUAUAUCAAAUUCCGUUAAUAUAAAAUUUAUUUAAAUGACAUUUAGAAUUUUCGUUCGAAAUUGAAGGUUAAGUUUUCACAAAUUUUAGAGAACAAACAAAAUUUAGUUUAGGGCCCCGUAAAGCGGUAUGGUAAGUCCAACAUUUACAAAUUUAAAGUUAAAGGACAUCUAAAAAAAAAAAAAAAUCUCUAGCGUAGCAAUCAGCCGUCAGUGAAGUCCUUUACUCACCAUCAUGAUUAAAAUGGUGAUCAUUUACAUUCGGUCAUUUAAGGUCAUGUUUAUGGAGAAAAAAAAAUUGUAGCUGACGGUCACGACAAUGAGUGGGCUACGCAUAUAAAAAUAGUCAGCAAAAUCAUUCUUAAAACUUUUAAUUAUUUUAGAAACUUAAAUAUGAUUACAUAGAUACUUCCGUUUAAAAUACGGAAUUGGUGUGAGUUUUUAUACCACAAUUAUCACAAUAACAUCGGGUGAUAAUUUCUAGUAUAUAAGAAUGAACUAGGCUGACCGUAACGCCAAACAGACAAAGCGAUUUAAAUAUAAUCGGAUUAUUGAAAAAAAAAUUAUAGUGAUUUUCUAAUAAUUUAAGGAAAUCGAAUAAAUUUAAAUGCGGUUAAAAAAAUAUUAAAUCCGCUUUAAUUUUAGUAAUUGUUUAAGUAUUGUUAUAAUAAAUUACAAAUACAUUUGAAUGAUUAUAAAGAAGCUAUUUUAAGCAUUUUACCCGAAUUAGCAUGUUGUGAAAGAUUUAAAAAAAUAUAUUAUCUAAGAAUUACAUCAUACUCCAAUUGAUCGGAAAAACCCAAACAUUGAUUGAUUUAGUGCGGCUUAGCGCAUAUUGGAAAAAAUACACUUUGGGCCCCCGGCCACAAACGGUAUAGAGAAAUGAAUCCUGCUUAACUCUUGUAAGUAAGCCGUAAGGAAUAAGUCUGCUUAAGUUCAGGCUUCUAUCUACAGGGGAAGUUGGAGAAUUAGUGAUGUGCGAGUGAGGGCUUUGCCUUUUAUUAGUAUAGAUCAGAAAAAAAAUUAAAUGGGGCCCCAGGCUGCAGAGAGAUGAAUAUUAUGAGUUUUGUAACCUUAAGUAUUUGAAUUAUGAUAAUUACGAGUAUGUGUACUAAGUUUGUUCAAGAUCCAUCUAUUCAUGUCGGAGUACUAAGCAUAUUGAUAUUUAUAAUGCUUACAUGAGGAAAAAUAAAAUGGGCCCCCCGGCCCCAGAGGUAUGGAUAUUAUGCGUUAAUUACCCUUCGGUAUUUGAAUAUGGAUAAUCAAGACUAUGUGUGUUAAGUUUGGUCAAGAUCCAUCAAUUCAUGUAGCAGUAUAUGUUGAUCAUUUUUUUAUAUAGCUAAUAUUAGAAACAAACAACAACAUGGGCCCCCGGCCCCAACGGUAUGAAGUUUGGAAAUGAAACAUGCUUAAGUUUUGUAUGUAAGCUGUAAGGAAUAAGCAUGCAAAAUUUCAGGUUUCUAUCUACAGGGGAAGUUGGAGAAUUAGUGAUGAGUGAGUGAGUGAGUGAGUGAAUGAGUGAAUGAGGGCUUUGCCUUUUAUUAGUAUAGAUGUGCUGAAAAUUAAUAUGUACAAGGUAUUCAAAAACAUUUCCAUUUAUUUGGAUCAAUAGAGAGUAUUAUCUUAUAUUAUAUUAAAGGCAUUAAGUUUCGGAAUUUUUACAAUGUUUACAAUCAUUUUUUUUACCAAUCAGGACCGAAUGGCAACACCUUCAUUACAAUCAACGAUAGGUACGUCAAUCUUCUGUCCUUCCUGGGAGCCUGUCAGAAAACCGCCUGCACGUUCAACUCGGUGACCAUGGGGUCCAAGGUGGACUUCAAUGACUGCAAACUGAUCAGUUGGGGAGCACAUGAUACUUGUGAGUGGCCACUUGGCCAAACAUGUUAUGUGCGUCCGUUAUCAAGCAAUCCGGUAGAGACUGUCGUUAAUGGGCAGUCAACGAAGAGGUUAACUUGGGUCCAUGGUUAUUGAAGGACAGGGUUAACUUAGUAACUUGUUGGUUAAGGGCAGGGUUAAUUUAUUAAGUGGGCAGUUAGACAGGGUUAAAUUUUUAGGUGACUACUUAAGAAAGGCUUAAUUGGUAUCUGAUUAGUUAAGACAGGGUUAUUCGGUAGAGGCUUAGUAAAGAAAGGAUUAAUUCAGUUGGUUGUUAGUUAAGGACUGUGUUAAUUUAAGGGGUUAAUUUAGUCAGUGGUUAAAGGAAGAAAAAGUUCAUUUAGUGGGUGUCUGUCGUGAAAUAAGUUGAUAUAGGAGUAGCUUAGCUAAGGGAAUAGUUAAUUUAGUUGGGAAUCGUUAAUUUGGUUGGGAUGUUUAGUCAAGGUAAAUGUUAACUGACUGGGUGGUUAGUUACAGAAAGUGAUCAUUCAGUAGUUGGUUAUUCAAGACGGGGUUAGUAGAGUAGGUGGUUUGUUAAGGGAACGCAUUAAUAGUGGAACAAGAUAAGGAAUGGAAGUUAAUUUAAUUUGGUGGUUAGAGAAGGAACCAGAGUUCAUUCAGUUGGUGGAUAGUGAAAUAAAUUGUUUUAUUUGGAUGUGUUAUCAAUUUGCUUAUUUGAUCCGAUCAAAUGAGAUUUUAAAUAUUUGAAUUUCACUACUACCAUUCAUCCCUUUCAUCGAGUCACAGGAACAGAACGAUAACACUUUGUAGAUAUACACUUAUUGCGCCAUUUCGUUGCUUUGUUUCGUUCCAGCGCUCACCCAGGGAGGCCAGUAUGAGACAUCGGUGAAGCUUAAUUUAUUCGGCUGCACCGGCAUAGCGAACUUGUUUGGCGCCGACACCACCAUGUGCUUUACGACAACCAGUGGCCAAAACACCUUCUGCUCGGUAAAGACUAUAGAAGCUGUUGAGGAAUGUGUGUUUUUGUUACGAAUGAGACUCGUGAGUUUGGGUCAAUGAGGUGUGCUGGACAGAACGACGAACGAUGAGAGAGUGAAGCAGUACGCUGUCAGAUCAAGGUCGGGGUAGCACGUUCAUGAGGUGGCUGUCUGGGAGGUUGCUUUGGUGGUAGCCUACUUGUGUUGUCGAAAUGGAGGCUCUUGUGAGGUUGUACAUUACAUAACACUGCGCAUGACUGGAAUUAGAGACGGGGUCAAUGGUAUUGUGUUGCAUUUAUCCCAGCUGGCUGUAAGUGACAUUCUACAAAAGCUGUCACCGCGGUUCAUAAAACACAAGCAAAUUCAGUUACCUUAAAAAAAAAUCGAAUGUAUUUUAAACUAUAUAAAUUAACUUAAUUUUUUUAAAUUUUUCACUUUUUUAAAUGAAUACAUAAUUUAUUGACUUUAAAACACCUAUUGCAUUAACAUUUUAUACUGUACAAAAAAUUAAUUUCCCAAGCGUAACUGCCCAUCCGACCUUACACUCAGGACAUCUCGUUUAAUGCCAUUGUUAAAAUCAUUAAUAUUGGUUUACUUUAUAUUUUAGGGUGACGCCGGAGCACCAUUGUACUGCCGGGCCCCCAGUAACGGUGAAUGGAUCUUGAUGGGCGUGGCAGCAUUUCAGGCCAAGUGUAACUCCACACCUGACAUCAAAGUCAUCCCUUUCCCGAGAUAAGCGUCCCCGCCCCCCCCCCCCCGUCUCGGUCUAACCCCAGUAACGGUGAAUGGAUCUUGAUGGGCGUGGCAGCAUUUCAGGCCAAGGGUAACCCCCCCCCCGACACCAAAGUCCUCCCUUUCCCGAGAUAAGCGCCCCCGCCCCCCCCCCCCCGUCUCGGUCUAAUGGACACCAGAUGAAGUGAAAGCGGAACCACUUGACGCAGAUGAUCUAAACAGAGAACUCUUGUAAUAAUACACACGAGUCUGCCACAUCAACUUUGUUCUUUGAUAUUUUUUAAUUGCAGCGUUCUGGUUGUUUAAAGAUGACGUUAGCUCAAAUCCAAUGUGCUUUGUAAUUAUGGUAAACAUCGUGCACACUGGACGCGAGUGGUACGCUAAAGAUAUGUGAGAUUUAAGAUCAUCUUAGGGUGUUCUACAUGGCCCAGGAAUAUAUCCUUAUACGACUUAGUCACAUAAUGCUAAAUGUUUAAGAAAUAUAACGUAUAAACUCUCAUAUAUAAGAGGCGCAUAAAUAUCCGAUAAGUUUAAAUUUUGCUUCAUUUUAAAAUUUUAAAAAAGUG